ACAACUUUAUACCCACAUGCUGUCGAAUGAAGUAAUAAACCAGUGCAAAUUCAGCUUACGCUGUCUAAAGUGCAGCCAAUUCUACAGCAACUGGAGUCACCUUCGGACGCACAUGGAUUAUUUUUGUCAAGUCGAGCCGCUAUUUCCAUGUCCUUUCUGUUCUCAUCGCGCACGACUGAAAUAUCUCCUCAGAAGCCAUAUCAAUCGCGAUCACUAAAUCGCUAGGAUUUACUAAGGCAAAAAAAAUUCUCAUGAAGAAGAAUUCCAUGUCAACGUGGAUACACCCGGGAAUUCAACAGUUGACAUCAAACACGUACUUAAAUCAGAAAACUUGGAGGUUCUCCAUUGGUACUUACAAGUGCAGCGCUCGCAAGUAUCACAGCACCUUCAAGACAAACGUCAAGCGCCACGUGAGGAACGUACACGGCGACCACAACAGUUGCACUCAUUUCUGCGACUAUUGCGAUUUUAGUAGCAAGUACAAGUCCUGCGUCAAAAGGCUUUUCAUAACAAAAUUAUUCAACCGAAGGAUGUUUAAGCGUACACUUUUUUAGGGGUGUAUCAUGUGUUUUACUGUUUUCAUCGUUGCAUUCCAGCGUAAAAAUACUUUAUCCGUGCUUA